AUGGAGACGCCCAUUGAGCGUGAAAUCCGCCGCAGCUGCGAACGCGAGGAGAGCCUGCGCCGGAGCCGAGGUCUCAGCCCAGGCCGCGCGGGCCGCGAACUUGUGGAGUUGCGCUUGCGGCCGGUGCUCAGCCUGCCAGGCCCGGGCCCCGCGCUCCCGCGUGCCUUGGAGCGCGAGCGGGCUGGCGCGCAGAUGCAGCGAGACAUCGAGCGGGAGCAGGAGGUGCGCGAGGCGCAGGAGCGGGAGCGAGAGCUGCAGCGCCAGAGGCUUAGCGUCUAUGGCACCGCCGAGAUCAAGGAGCCCUCGCCUAGUCUAAUGGCGAUCAGGGGCGACGGAAAACUGGCGGUGAUCUGGCCUCCCCGCAGAAAGGCUUCGGAGAACGGCCUGGAGCAGGAAGAGCGAAAGCCUUGAGGUUGGAGUGGGUUGGGAUCCCGGCCGAAAGUAACAUGACCGUCAGAGGACAUGGACAAGAGGAGCCGAGGAGUGCCCUCUGGAUAAGCAGAAGUCCUGGAGAGGGGCCAGCCGUCUGCGCCGGGAAAGAUGAAAUCUGCCAGCCCAUCCUUGAACUUGAUUUUGUGAAAUUGAUCAGUUUCUGCUAUAAAACUGUUAUUGGGAAAUACCACUACAACAACCCAGCCAUUGAAAUAGUCCAGCUCUUCUCCACCUAAUUGCAAACCGAGCUAGCCUUUCCCUCCAGCCUUGACUGGGGUCACCGCCUCAGCUUCCCCACUCCCCAAUAAAGUCCGUUUUUUCUGAGCA